AUGAAAGUGUUUUUGUGCUUUGUAACCGUAUUCAUUGCUGUGUCUUAUGGACAAGCUGAAGAAGAGGCUGCAGUAGCUUGUACUGCUCAGAUGUGCACAGCUCUGUAUGAUCCAGUUUGCUGUACCUACUCCGAUGGAACUAAGAAAACGUUCUCAAAUGCCUGCGCAGCUAACAAUGAUAGAUGUCAAACUGGAAAAACUUGGGAUAGUCAAACUAAAGGAGAAUGUGAAGCUGCAUGCGAUAAGGCCUGUAUUGAAAUCUAUUCCCCUGUCUGUUGUACCUAUUCUGAUGGAACUAAGAAAACUUAUGGUAACAGUUGUGCGGCUGAUGUAGAAACAUGUAGGCUGAGCACCAAAUGUGAAACUGUUACCGAAGGCGAAUGCCAAGCUGAGCCCGCUGAGCCAGAGUGCAACUCAAUCUGCACAGCAAUUUAUGCUCCAGUUUGUUGUACCUACGAAGAUGGAACUCAGAAGACCUACAGCAGCGAUUGCGCUUGCGAGGCUGAUAAUUGCGCCAAGAAGACAACUUGCGCUAAGAAAACUUAG